AUGAAGUUCACCCUGGGCCUGGGGUCGCGGGCGUGGAGAGUGUCCUGGGAGGGGGCAGCAGCGGCGGCGGCAGGCCCUGGAGCGGGCGGCAGCGCGCUCCGCUGCCGCUCACAGCGCGUCUCCAGCCCGCGGCUGGGCCGCCGCGGCUCUCGGCUCUCGCGCGCCCUCCCUCUAUGCCUCUCCCCCGGCGGCGGCGGCGCCCAAGCUCUCCCGGACUGCGCCGGGCCCAGCCCCGGCCACCCCGGCCACCCCGGCGCCAGGCAGCUGGCCGGCCCGCGCGCUAUGGAGCAGACGUAUGGCGAGGUGAACCAGCUGGGCGGUGUGUUCGUCAACGGCCGCCCCCUGCCCAACGCCAUCCGCUUGCGCAUUGUGGAGCUGGCGCAGCUGGGCAUCCGACCCUGUGACAUCAGUCGGCAACUCCGCGUAUCCCACGGCUGCGUGAGCAAGAUCCUGGCGCGCUACAACGAGACCGGCUCCAUUCUCCCCGGGGCCAUCGGGGGCAGCAAGCCCCGCGUCACCACUCCCAACGUGGUCAAGCACAUCCGGGACUACAAGCAAGGAGACCCUGGCAUCUUUGCCUGGGAGAUCCGCGACCGGCUGCUGGCCGACGGCGUCUGUGACAAGUACAAUGUGCCCUCGGUGAGCUCCAUCAGCCGCAUCCUGCGAAACAAGAUCGGCAGCCUGGCGCAGCCCGGACCGUACGAGGCAAGUAAGCAGCCGCCUUCGCAGCCUACGCUGCCCUACAACCACAUCUACCAGUACCCCUACCCCAGUCCCGUGUCGCCCACGGGCGCCAAGAUGGGCAGCCACCCCGGGGUCCCGGGCACGGCGGGCCACGUCAGCAUCCCGCGCUCAUGGCCCUCGGCACACUCGGUCAGCAACAUCCUGGGCAUCCGGACGUUUAUGGAGCAAACAGGGGCCCUGGCUGGGAGCGAAGGCACCACUUACUCUCCUAAGAUGGAAGACUGGGCCGCCGUGAACCGCACGGCCUUCCCCGCCACCCCCGCAGUGAAUGGGCUCGAGAAACCUGCCUUAGAGGCAGACAUUAAAUACACUCAGUCGGCCUCCACCCUCUCUGCCGUGGGCGGCUUUCUCCCCGCCUGCGCCUACCCGGCCUCCAACCAGCACGGCGUGUACAGCGCCCCGGGCGGCGGCUACCUCGCCCCGGGCCCGCCGUGGCCGCCUGCGCAAGGCCCUCCGCUGGCGCCCCCCGGGGCCGGCGUAGCUGUGCAUGGCGGGGAACUCGCGGCAGCAAUGACCUUCAAGCAUCCCAGCCGAGAAGGAAGCCUCCCAGCCCCGGCAGCAAGGCCCCGGACGCCCUCAGUAGCUUACACGGACUGCCCAUCCCGGCCUCGACCUCCUAGGGGCAGCUCUCCCCGGACCCGAGCCCGGAGGGAACGGCAGGCGGACCCGGGCGCACAGGUCUGCGCGGCGGCCCCGGCAAUCAGCGCGGUCAGGAUCGGAGGACUCGCGGCGGAGGAAGCCAGCGCCGGCCCGCGGGGUGCACGGCCAGCCAGCCCCCAGGCCCAGCCCUGCCUCUGGCCCGACCCACCACACUUCCUUUAUUGGCCUGGGUUUUUAGGCUUCUCUGAACUUUGGUUUUAG